CCGCUGAUUAUAUUUUAACCUCUUUCCGACACGAUGUGCAUAAUAGGUAUGAAAUUGUGUCGAUAUUUUGAAAGUUGUCCACAAACCACAUCCGCAGAUUCCACACAGGACCGUGUACUGUUGUAAUAUUAUUAUUGUACAGCACCGCCGCCACUUUUGUAGGACAAGUCUACAAUAGUUCAAUACAGGUUUUCUGUCCUGUUUUGUGUGUGUGUGUCCGCCCAAUCCAACAUUAACCAUGCCGCCUCUGGCCAACGCAGCCGUAAAAAUCCAAUCCGAUGCGGACGGCGUCAAGUUACCCGGAGUCAACGCCGUUCUGCUCGGUCCACCGGGUUCCGGCAAGGGAACGCAGGCCCCGAAGCUAUUGGAAAAAUUCUACCUGUGCCACCUGUCGACGGGCGAUAUGUUACGGUCGGAAGUGUCGUCGGGAUCGGAUCUAGGCAAGAAAGUCAAACAAGUCAUGGAUUCGGGCGCUUUGGUCAGCGACAGUCUAGUGGUGGAUUUAAUCGAUCGCAACUUGGACAGACCGGAAUGCAGGCAAGGAUUCUUGUUGGACGGUUUUCCGCGUACCGUCCCCCAAGCAGAAAAAUUGGAUCAGCUGUUGGAAAAGCGAAAGACUCAACUGGACUCCGUAGUUGAAUUCAACAUCAGCGAUAGCCUAUUAGUUAGUCGCAUCACCGGCCGUUUAAUACAUCCGGCUAGCGGUCGGUCGUACCACACGGAAUUCCAUCCGCCGAAAGUCAACAUGAAAGACGAUGUGACCGGCGAACCGUUGAUCCGUCGCAACGACGACAAUGUAGACGCUUUGAAGAAACGUCUUCAGGCAUACCACCAACAAACGGCUCCGUUGAUAGAUUACUAUCAGAAAAGAGGCAUUCACGAUAGAAUCGACGCUUCCAAGAGUGCGGACAAUGUGUUCAAAAUGGUGGAAAAUAUAUUUUUACGCUGUUCAUUGUCGGCCAACAAAGACAGAGUGAUAUUUGUUUGAAUCGCAUUCCGUCAGCAAAAUGUGCUGCUAUUGUGUUUAUAAAAAAAAAAAUGGACAAUAACAUUAUUUUUUUUUUGUAAGUUACCGUUAUUAUAAAAAUAAUGAUAACGCAAAUUAAAAAAAAAAAUAAUAAUAAUCGAUCUGAAAUAUUAUUAAACGGUAUUAUAUAAUUGUAAUCCAUUAUUAGUUAUAGUUAUUGGUUUUACGGGCGUAACCACUGCGAUGGUCUUUAUUAUAUAUAGCAAUUAUAGUAAAAUAAUAAUAAUUAUUAUAACAAUUAAGUAUGUUCAGUGCAUUUAAACGAGUACGCAGUGCUUGAAAAAAUAUCAAAUGAGAAUUUUUGUCUAGUAUCGACAAACGUUUGUCGAUCUCACUAACUGUUCUAUUUCUAUCGCCAUUAAUGUUUUUUUAAACACAUAUCGGUUACCUUAAAUAAUAUAUUUUUCUACAAAUUAAAAAUAUUCUCAAGUGUUAAAUUUGUUAUUUAAUAAGAUAUUUCGCAUCGAGCGAGUCGUCGUGGGUCUACUUAAGAAUUAAGCGACUGGCGACACGUACACGGCUGUUGUAAAAGUUAUAAAAUUUGUUUCUAAAAUUAACGUGUAUCUUUAUUGUUUUACGAUGUGUCAUUAAUUUUAAUAUAGAUUACUUAAUAAAUAAUGAUAAUAAUACGGUCCUCGGUACUUACUAUCUGUAAGUAGUAUGUAGAAAACAAAAAAUAAAACUAUUGGUUGUUACAAUA